AUGGAGUCCGUGGCGAGCAUUAUUGCUGUCUUGCAGCUCUCAGAGGCAGUGCUGAGCUCAUGCUACCGAUAUGCGGGCAAAGUGAAGGACGCAGCGGCCGAUAUCGAUCGUGUCAUACACCAAAUCGGAUAUCUGUCAACGAUCCUGAGAGACUUGAAGGACCUCACACAACUGAAUGGAACCAUCCAAGCCAGCACUCAUACCCCUUCAAACGCGUUGAAAAAUUUGACUGGGGACCACGGACCGCUCGCGGUUUGCGCACGAUGCCUCGAUGAACUCAAGUUGAAGCUGCCUAGCGGGCCAGUAAGCCUUCGCCAAAAGCUGCAGUGGCCCUUUGAGUCGAAGAAGAUCAACGACGUCAUGGACAGGAUUACAGCUCAGGUACCCAUUCUGGAGCUUGCACUGCUCGGAGACAACUACAGUUUAACAGUCGCAACUAAGGUUUAUCUCGAAGACACUAAACGGCGCGAGGAGAGAGAAAAGGGACUGGACUGGCUACGCUGUGUGGACCCAACGGUAAAGCACCUUGCCUCUCGUCGUCUGCAUCAACCGGGUUCCAACCAUUGGGUUCUCAAGGAAGAGGACUUCACACAGUGGAGAGACAACAUGGGCCACACGCUGUGGCUACAUGGAAUUCCUGGCGCUGGAAAAACCAUCAUCUGUUCGACCAUCAUUGAUCAUAUCGAAGGGCUCUGCAAGACGAGGCCCGAGGCACGGCUGGUCUAUUACUACUUCGACUUCAGCGACCAAGACGUUCAGAAGCUAGAUAUUCUUCUACGAUGUCUUCUCUGGCAGCUGUGCAAACACGACGAGUAUCUCCCACAAGCGGUCUGGACUCUCUACGAGUCGCACGACAAUGGUCGUAAGCAGCCAAGCAAUGAAGUCCUCGCCAACACCCUCUUCGAGCUUCUAAGCCACAACCCGAAUAGACAGAGCUACGUGAUCAUUGACGCCUUAGAUGAGUGCCCGAUCGAUAACAGAGAGCAUUUCUUCGAGCUCAUCCUAGACCGCAUUGAGAAAUACCACCAGACAGGCUCCUACAACUUCCUCUUCACGAGCCGCAAGGAAGCCGACAUCGAGAAGCGAAUGGCUCAGUCGACUGUGGCGACCCACAACAUUCCUAUCCCCACAGAGUGUGUCAAAGAAGACGUAAGACUUCACGUCACACAGUUUAUUGCGAGCCACUGGGUCAUGAAAGACUUCCCUAAACACCUGGCGACUGAAAUUGAGGAUACUAUUUCUGAGAAAGCUCAGGGAAUGUUCCGGUGGGCGGUUUGCCAGCUUGACCUGAUCAAGAAUUGCAAACAGGUUGGGACCGUUCGGAAAACCCUCAAGAACCUACCCAAAACGCUAGAUGACACGUACGACCGCAUCUUGGCGUCGAUCCCCGACGAGACAUGGCAGAUAGCACGGACGGCUCUGAUGCUCUUGGCGCACUCCAUUCGCCCCCUAACGCUCGAAGAGCUCGCUGAGGGUAUGGUUGUCGACUACGAGGGCCAGAGCUUCAAACCCGAAGAGCAUCGCCUAACUAACUACCGCCACGUCCUCGAGAUCUGCUCCAGCCUCGUCUCGGUGUCUAAGGCUCGUUGGCUCCAAGAGAAGUACAGCAUCGAGAAUCGCGCAUUGCAGGGGUCGCUCUACAAAGAACACGAGGUCGUCCAGUUCGCCCACUUCUCUGUCCAGGAAUACAUGAUCCUCCAGCGCAGCAAAUCCGCGCCCCGAGUCUCCCGCUUUAGCUUCUCACCCGCCACCGCACAUCAAGCCAUCGCAGAGCUAUCUCUCGUCUACCUACUCGACUUCGGCAGCGGCGUGCGCCUCCCAGGGAUCGAUUUCGUUGCCUUCCCCUUCCUGGCCUACGCUGCGCAGCACUGGCCCGAACACUGGCGCCGACAGCUCACACAAAAAGACCAGGAUACCGUCAACGGCCUGAUCCAGCGGAUCUUGGACACAGAAGAAGACCACAGCGCGUACAUCAACUACACCAACAUCUGCCGCCCCGAUGCCCUCGUUGAUGAGGUGAGCUCCUUCGGCAUCUACAGCUUGCGUGGCCAUCAGGCCAAAUCCCUUGAUUCGAUUCCCCAGCCACUUUACUACGCCGCGCAGCUCGGCCACCUCCAGCUCUGUCAGUGGCUCCUCAACGAGCGCGGGUGCGACGUCAACGCCGUACGGGGCACAUUCGGCCAGGCGAUCCAGAUCGCUGCGCGGUUCGGGCACAAGGACGCCGUGGAGCUGCUGCUGGAUCGCGGGGCUCACGUUGAUCGACACUGUGGGGAGUAUGGAUAUCCCCUACAGGCUGCGGCGUAUGGGGGCCAUGUCGAAUGCAUAAAGCUGUUGCUGGACCGCGGCGCACAGGUGAACGCUGUGGGUGGGAGGCACGGCAGCGCGCUCAUUGCGGCGUGCGGUCAGCAGCAUGUAAAUGCGGCGACUGUACUGCUUGAUCGAGGGGCUGACAUGGAUAUUGUGUGUAUUCAUAGGGGUAAGGCGUUGAACAUUGCGGCAGGGACGGGGAAUAUGGCCCUUGUUCAGCUGCUGUUGCAGAAGGGCGCCAACGUCAACGAUACGUGCGGCAGAGCGGGAACGGCUCUCUACUGGGCGGCGGAGAGCCUUAAUCUGCAGAUGGUCAAGUUGCUGGUUGCCGCUGGUGCCGACGUCAACCUGCAGUGCAGAGGCGCGGAGCUGAAUAAUGCCCUCCAGGCAGCGUGCAGCAAUCCGCAUAAACAUGCAAGGGGGCCUGAGGACUCGGAGUCGAUGACCUAUGUCGAGAUCGCCAGAUUCUUGCUCAAGCACGGUGCCGACCCUAAUCUUCAUGGAGGGAAAUAUGGGAGUGCCCUGCAAGCUGCCGUGGCGGGUUCGGCGAGGGGGAACACCGAAGGGAAUAACAUUGACAUUGUGAAGCUAGUACUCGAGCACGGAGCUGAGCUCAACUACCGGGGCGGCGCGUUUGACUCAGCUAUGCGUGCCUGCGUAUACGGCGGCAACAUAUCCGCUGCCCAUUUGUUGAUCGACUUGGGCGCCGAGUUAGACGACGAAAUCUUCCUCGAUGCCAUCGAAAAUAAGCGUAAGACUGUAGUUCCUCGGCUCCUGGGAAAAGGGGUGGAUGUGAAUGCGCAAAAUAAGUCGGGCACGGCGUUGCAACUCGCCAUAAAAGCAAAAGACACAGCUACCAUCAAGAUCCUGCUCAGCCAUCCCGAUAUUGAUGUGAAUGCUCUCGGGAAAACAGACGCUGGAAUCACGGCACUAUAUACGGCUGUUGCGUAUGAGAACAUGGACAUCGUGAAGCAACUGCUCAACCUCGGCGCCGACGUCAACCAGCCGAGCGAUGGGUUGUUUUGUCUCAUCUCCGCAGUGCAGAAAGGGAACAUGGAAAUGAUCAAUCUUCUUCUCGACUACGGCGCAGACAUCAACGCCAGUCUCCCACACCGGCCGUCAGCCUUGAUGGCGGCCUGUAAAAAAAGAAACGACGCUCUAGUCCAGUUUCUUCUCGACCGUGGCGCCGACAUAAACCUCUGGGUUCCACGUCAGGGCGACGCGCUGCAAGCUGCUGCGUAUGAGGGAAACGAAAGCAUCGUGAAAUUAUUACUUGCCCGCGGCGCAACUGUGAAAGCACGGGAGGGCAGAAACGGGUCUUGUCUCGAAUGCGCAAUUAUGGCCAAAAAUCCGGCUCUUACUCGUCUGCUGCUCGACGCCGGUGCAAACGUGAACUACUCUAGAACGCUGGAGGAGCUGAGGGAGCUCGGUGGUGGGUUUGGGGGCCCGCUUUCUGGUUCCAUCUGGUACAAGCAGGAAGGCUUGACGCGGCACCUGAUUGAGCUUGGGGCGAAUGUGAACUGGCCUGGUCGUGAAUACUACGGAACCCCUCUCCAGGAAGCAAUCGAGAGCGACGAUGAAGAGGUGGUCAUGCUUCUGCUCGAGCACGGGGCCGACGUCAAUCUUGUGGGCGGUAGGCACGGCUCUGCUCUUGCGUGUGCUAUCAUGGAGUACAAAGAAAAGGAGGGAGGGGAUAAGUAUAUCCAGCUUCUUCUCGACGCUGGUGCUGAUGUCAACAUAUAUGCUGGAGAGGAGCGUACGAGCCCUCUAGGAGCUGCGGUGCGCAAAGGGAAUGCCAAGAUAGUAGAAACCCUCCUCGAUCAUGGAGCGGAUAUUAAUAAGCCGUCCAAGUACUCCAUGUCACCGCUUCACAUCGCCGUCGCUGAGGGCGACCUUGACAUUUUCAGGCUUCUUCUCAGUCGAGGAGCUGAUCCUGAUAUUACCAGGCCAGGACGCGGCGACGAGACCCCCCUUGCUGCCACUCUCCGAUGCUGGCGUGGUACGAUGCUCAAAGAGCUCCUGGAACACGGCGCAGACCCAAACUUCGGUGCCUCGGUUGCAGUUGUGUCUGCCGCGAGAUCGGGAUACACGGAAGGGAUGCCGAUAAUGAUCAAACACGGCGCCGACGUGCACGUUCAAGGCGGUGUCCCCGGCCAGGCCCUACACGCAGCGGCCCGGGGUAUGCAUGUUAGCAUGGUAAAAUUCCUGCUAGACCAAGGCGUCGACGUGAAUGCCACCGGUGGGAGACACGGAACCGCCCUCAUGGCCGUCCUAGAAAAUGUCUGCUACAGCGGCCAGAACCAAGCCAUGCCAGUGAUCCAGACCCUCCUCGACGCGGGCGCAAACGUCAACUCCCCCCCCUCCGAGACACAUACCAGCGCGUUACAAGCUGCCAUCACGAAUCUGCACCACGCGUUUGUCGACGACUUACUCGUCAGGGGUGCAGACGCCAACGCCUAUGACCCGCGUUUCGGAACAGCACUGACAGCUGCCGCAUGCCAGGGUGAGGUAGAGCUGAUGAAGAUACUUGUUGAGAAGGGAGCUGAUCACACCCUCGCCUGCGAGAAAUUCGGGGCGCCGCUGCAAGGCGCCGCGCGGAGCCACCGGCUCGCUGCUCUCGAGUAUCUGUUCUCAUUAGGGGCCGACGUGAAUCAGCUGUCAGGCAAGGCGGGAUAUGCACUCCACGCGGCGUGUCGGCAUGAAUCUGAAAACGGACGGAGGGUUCUGAGAUCGUUGCUCGACCACGGUGCGGACCCUAACGCUCGAGGUGGGAAGUAUGAGACUGCUUUACAGGCUGCGGCAAAACAUGGCUGCCUUGAUAACGUCAAGAUUCUGCUGGCGGCUGGUGCGGACCCAACUAUUGAGGGGGGGAAAUAUGGGAGUCCGUUAAAGGCGGCGGUGGCGAAGAAGAAGCAUUAUCAUGUGGCAAAUUUCUUGAGAAGGUAUAUGGCGGCUAGGAACAUGACAGUUUCUUAA